UUCGAAGAAAGGAGAGGUUGGGUUUAGGUAUAAAUAUGAGCUCGACCCCCAGCCAAGACAAAAAACAAACAAACAAACAAGCAACAGCUCCAAACCUAGCAAGCACACAAGAAGCCAACCUCAACACAAUAUCACUUUAGCUUCAUCUUCUACCCACAGUAGUCCUUAACAAACACUCACACUCACACUCACCCACAUCCAAACACCCAAAAUGAAGUCCACCCUCGCCUCCCUCCUGGCCCUCGCCUCCGCAACCAACGCCUUCCUGAUCACCGACUGCAACACCGGCAAAAUCACCAACUACGGCGACAACAAGUGCCAGAUCUGGACGGCCGCCGACUUCUCCUUCCAGAGCAACGCCGGCUGCACGCUGUACGCGUACUCCGAGGGCAACUGCCAGGGGUCCAUCUUCGAGACGGCGACGCAGAACCAGUGCCAGACUGCGCCGAAUGGAGUCGUUUCUGUGAAUUGCCGGACUUAGAGGUGCUUACUCUGGGG